GCCCGCCGCCGGUGAGCGAGCCCGCCACUCGUGCGCCCGCGGGGUCGCGAUCGCGACAAGAAGGACCCCGACCCCGCGCGCCGAUUCCAACCUAAGUCGAGGUUGCGCUCUAGAUGAGAGUCCGCCAGUCCCCCGGAGGCGGCCGAGGGAGGACACGAGGAGGAGCGCCCCGCGGACCCCGGGGAGCGGCCGAAGAGCGGAGCCGGCGAUGAUGGCCAGGUAGCCCCGGGCGAGGCAUGCACCAGGAGGGCCCAUGACGCCGAGGGCCCCGCAGGACGCGGCCCUGGCUCCGCGGUAGCGACCUGCCCCACUCUGCGGACGACCCGGGUAUGCCCGGGGUCGGCGGCUGCGGGUAGCUAGGGCACUCGCCCGCCGACUGCCUCCCCGAGCCCGUCGAGGGGACCUUGAAGAGGGUUCCGAAGAGAACCUCGGAAGAAGACUCGCCCCCGACCCAGGGACCUCGAAAAGCCAAGUCGAGCCGGGGACCAUCGGGAGACCUUUCGGAGACAUGUCGACCCGGAGAUGACCGGGCUCCUGCCUUCGCGACGACCCCUCGUCCCAUCGACGCCCUGGAGCGACGGCCUCCUGGCCGGCUCGCUCUUCGCUGGCACCGAGUGAGCGCCGCCGACCCGGCGCGGAUCCGGCGCGCAUCCUCAGCCAUGCCGACGACCGCCUCCGUGCUCGCCGCACCGCAACGAGGAAUGGGGAGUGUCGGCAGCAACGCCACCGGAACCGCCGGGACGCCGACGUCUUCGACCGCGCCGGAAGCGACGCCGACCCUCAGCGAGCGGGAACAGCUCAAAAUCGAAUUCUACAAGACGUACGACGUCAUGACCGGCGUCAGGAUCGCCGCGACCCUGGGCGGCUUCUUCGGCAUCAUGGUCCUCCUGGUGGUCUACAAGAGCAGGUGCAAGGCGAACAAGCAGCUGGAUGACCCUCGACUGACGGCGGCCGCCGAGGCGGCGGUCGCCGAAGCGGAGGCCGAGGAGCGGGCGCUGGCCGCCGCCCUGGAGGCGAUCGCCAGGAUGCCGCCGAGACCUGCCCGAGGACCCAGGAGGUCUCUCUGCGUGGAGGUGAACCAGUCGCACUCGCCGGUGGUGGCGCCUCGCUUCGCCUCGGUCGGCGGGGGCUACGACGCCCUACUGACCCCCCCGACGAGGCAGCCCAGAUUGGCACCCCCUGCCGACCACAGGAGGUGCAGCUCCGUCACCUGCAGCAGCACCGCGAGCAGCUACCUCGAGAGAAGAGGCUCCGCCGUGGUCAUGCCGUGCCUUCCGCCGCCGCCCUCCUUCCCCCGGCACGCCGCCUACGACGAGCCCUGGGACCUGUACUACCCCAUAGACAUCCAGGUGAUCCAGCCGACGCCGGACCUGUCGCCCUGCGGAAGCGAGGCGGGUCUGUACGCGGGGGCGGCGACGUCGGGACGGAGGGCCCCCCUGGCGUCCAUGCGCAGCGUGGACCCCCCGGAGCCAGACUCCAGGUCGAUGGGCUCGGACUCCGUGUUCCUGGACGACGACGAGGGCCUCGACACGGAGGACGAGGUCUCGGGUUUCUCGACGGACUCGGACGUGCCCGGGCCGAGCUGCCGCAGGUUCCUCAGGGUGCCGCCGAAGAGGCGGCGUGCCCUGGAGCGGUGGGACGGGUGCGCGGGGUGCGUGCCUCGCCGGCGGGCAGGGGGCACCCCCCCAGGGCGACCCUGCCAGGCCUGCCUGACGAUCAGCGCCGCCGUCGAGGUGCCCAGGUCCCCGGUGGCGUCUACGACGAGCAGCAGCCAGAGCAGCGGGACGUCCGCGCCGUGUUCCCCGCCGAUCGAGCUGCGCCACAGGCCGCCGGCCCCCCCGCAGACUUCCCCUCCGGCCUGGUCGCAGGAGACGCUCUUCUAGUCCUGGACGGAUUCUGGACGUCGGCCGGAAGCGACCUCGACCGUCUCACCUCCACCCUGAAGAGGACGCUCGUCGUCUUGCGCGGCUCGGCCGUCGCCGGUGCGCGCCCGCGAAAUAGGCAAUUAUUUUUAUACGUACGUGAUGAUAAUCAAAGUCGGCGUCGGGACGGGCGCGUCGCGGCGCCCCUGGGCCGAACCGGCCGCGGUGAUCGAUUCGUCUCCGGGAAUUAAUUACGCCCCGAUAUAUAAUUUACCGCGUAUGGAUAAUUACGAGCCGGUCCUCGGUAGAUGCGACUCGAUUCCGGGAGAUAGAGAGAGAGAGAGAGAAAAUGAAAGAGAGAGCUUGUCGGCCGCGCCGCACCUAACCUAACGAAACGAGCGGCCGGUAAUUCUAUUUGUGCUCCGGCCGUGGUGAAAGCUCUUGUAAAAUUUGGAUGUGCGUGUGUACGUGUCUAUAACCCCGGGCCGGGGGAUACGAGGCGCCAGGUCGUUUCGAGGUUAUGUCGCGCGGUCGGCGACAUCGCCGAGCACCCCAACGACGCUGUAAAUCGCGCCGCAGACGGCCCUCGUGUGCGUUUCCGACGCGCGUGGCGUGCCCCUCGUAAAUGGCCGCCGCCAUGUUGCGCCUCCCGCGGCGUCCAAGAUGGCCGCCUGCGGUCGGCCGUGGACCGUGGGCUCUUUCUUCUUCGUUUUGCCGUGUUUCUUUCGCCCGGCCGAGCCGGCCCGUUCCCUGCAUCGAUCGUUCGUUAAUCCUUCAUGCGAAAUUACGCUCGCCCGGGGCAGAAAGCGUCGUUUCCUUCGCCCUUGGCGAGAGGUGGGGCGACGCGCGGCGGCGGCCAUCUUGGUUCCGCCGGUGGCCUCUGUCCGCGACCAAAGUUCCUACGCCGCCAAGUCGAUAUUCGGCAAAUCUAGGGGCUUACCGCGACUCCCUGUCGACGUGUCGGACGACUCGGCAGGGCGAGAUGAGAAUCCCCGGCACCGGUCGCGCGUUAAUCGGGGAAUAAAGGAGAAGUAAUCGGCAGGGAGCGCGCCAUGUCCGAGCUCGAGUCCCGCGCGGUCGAAGGUGGACGCCAUGGAAGCGAAGAGGAGUUUAGAGGGUUUCGGGGAUAUUUUCAGGCAAAGGCGAGUCCGAAGUCGCUCGGCGAUCCCGAGGGAGUCCCUUGCUCAUUAUUCCACCUUAAUUAUUCGCAAUGGGAGCCGGAAAAAAAACCGAAUUCACCUGAAGGAGGUAGCCAGGGACGCGCCGACUCUCUUCAGUUCCGGAAGGCCGGGACGCGUCCGUUCUCUCUUCCGCGUCUGCGGACCGACCGACGGUUUUUUUCUAUCGUAAUUUAGAAAUACGGGCCCAGUCCGACCGGCCAGACUCCGAAGGGCCCGACAAAGCUACCGUUCUAGUGAGAUCUUACAAAAUGCGUACUCUAGCUAGGUGUACAUAAGAUGCUAAGGAAUGAGAGAGCGAGAGAGAAAGAGAGAGAGAGUCAGAGUGGGCGUCGAAAUAACAGGAAUAUAUAUAUAUAUAUAACGUUGUCUACGUAAAGAUGAAAUUUAUAUAAUGAAAAAAGAAAAAAAACAUUCACGAGCAGUGGAGGAUAAUAUUAUAACGAUAACUGAAGCAGAGAGAACAUAUGUACUGUAAUUCUAACUAUCUCUAAACAAGAGGAAGAUCAACCACCGGCAUGGCGGCGGCUUUGCGCGGGGUGGGGGGCAUUCCCUCCCCCACCCCGAGGGGGAGAUAAAGCGCCUUAUUUUCUCCGUGGGAAUUUAACGACCAGUCGAUAUUCGCCGACGGCGUCUCCUUUUAAAAGGCGACGCGACGCUCUCGCCUGGCGUCGACUUGGAGGAAAUACGGGGCGCGUGCCGCCCACCGUAUUUCACUUUUCCAUUUCCCCUCCCCCCUUUUCCCGCCGACGAGCGGCCCCGAUAAGCCCACUGCCGUAAAGAGAGGUUAUUCCCGUUUUAUUUCGACGAGCCUCGCCGAGGUGGCCCAGAUAGACGCGAGUGAUCAUCGCCGAUACCCAUUGAUUUAUGCAUAUUGACUCCAUGUGAUCUGCAUUGUGAGAUGAGAAUGCGAGAAAAAUCGCAGAAAAGUUGAAAUUUCGGCUAUGUGCUGCUAAAUAUCCUGUUUAUGUAUGCACGCAUAGAUAGUAUAUUAUACUCAUGUCGUGCGAUUAAAAAUUAAGGAUUUAUUAGGUCGACACGAUUCCAAUAUGGCGGCAUGGGAUGCGUCACAUGAGAUAACUGCAACGUGUGACGCGUACGUGUCUAGCUGUGAUGAUCAUAGGGACUUGCGGGGAACCGCGAUAUAAAGGUGAUAUAACGUCGAUAUUAAGUCGAUAUGACGUUGAUAGAAGGUAAAUAGGAAGUAUAUCCGUCUAUCUGGGAGACUUCGAACCCCCGAUGAUCCUUUGGGGGCUCUUCGAGGUUUCCACCUUCUCGAAGGGUCUUCUAGGUUUCGAUCGGGAACCCUGGGAAAAUCCCGACCCGGUCGCCCCGCGCGGAGCCGCCGCCCUCGAGCCGCAAAAGGAGCUUGAACUCGCAAGUGCUGCCGAAUUGCCAAAUGUAACAAUCAAACUGUGUCUAGUCGAAUUAUAUACAAGUUAUACAGGGGAGAGCGGGAGUGUAAGUGGAUAUAAGAGAGAGAGAGAGAGAGAGAAAGAGUGAGCGGGAGUGAAUGGCCGAGCGCGAGUCGUGGGGUAAUCGCGAUCGACCGCGGCCAUAGACUAUACACUAAUAAAGAUGCCCAUGUAAAUUUACAUACUCAAUUAUUGGUUAUUUCGAUGCCACGGUGAAUUGCCGCAAAAUGAUAUCGCAUUCGGCAUCCAAGUUGAACUAAAAAGAAUGAUAACGUGUAACGCGUUACGUUGAACUCAAGUAAAGUCGGCAAUAAAUUCAUAACUUAGGGUUAGGUGUAUUGAUUAUCUAAUUUGUCACGCUCCUCUGUGGGAAUGCUUUAUUCCGAGGCGGGGUUUAACACUUUGGCGUGUGUAAAUUUACUCCGAUUUUUAUCAGUGUCGGUCGAUCGAACAUAUGCGAACCUUUUCUCGGUGCCUUUCCGUCGCGGCCGGCGCCGUCAUCGGCGAUCCUCUCGUCGCGGGCUCGACGAAGCGUCCCCGUCGGCGAGCUCCGCCGCGCCCUUCGCUCGCACUUCUCGUCGGAUAGAACCAUUAAACAGUCAUACUGGAACACUCCUAGAGCCGGCGAUCUCCGAAAAAGAAGGCCCCUCAGGGUACUUAUCUCGCUUACUCCAAAACUCCUGGCCACGAAGGAGCAAAAUGGAAGAAAUUAAGGGGAUGCGAAAGCGACAUCCUCGGGGUCAGUCGUUCGAGAGACCUUCCUCCGGGUGUAUCGAAUCGUUUAACACUUUACAAUGUAAAUACGGAGGCUGUUAAAAAGGUCCCGACCCCCGUGGAAUUUGACAAUUGAUCAAAAAAUGUUCAAUAUAUUCAUAGACAAAUUUUUUCACAUUUCUUUUUUAAUACGGAACGCUGUAUGGAUGGUCCUUAACCGGGAAGGAAAAACUUCAUUUUAAAUAUUGGAGAAUUCGGUUAUGAGUGUUUCGGUAUGAAUAUAGUUUCGUGGAUAGACCUUCCCUCCGGCGCGCGGUCGGCCCUCCUUCGCGACGCCGGCGUCCCCGAAGGACGCGCGCAGGAGGCCGCGGCGCGCCGCCUCUCUCGCGAUAGUCGAUUCUAGACCUUCGUACUUUUAUAAUUUUUCUACUCUUCGACGCUAGACUUUAAGAUUGCGGGACCGUAGAUCCAAAGCGGUGGACGUCCUCGCCGUCUCGAGACGCCCCUUUCCGUUUUCUGUCACGACUUUCCCUCUCCGAUCCGCCGCCGCGGUCGAGUCCCACUGAGCGCGGCCUCCUUGACGCACUCUAAGUGAUACAUCCAAAUAAUUAUGAACAAAUCCCUAUUUAUCACGAUUACUAUAAAAAUGGCUUAACCAUGAUUAAUUCAUCUCAGGAUACCGAAAUUUAUUAUGAAAAAAAAUUCAGCUAACUGGAGAUUUAAUCCGCUGUUAAGAAUGUUACAACCGAGGGUUAAGUAAUCCUUGACUUUGGAUUUUAAUUUCAAUGUCGGAUUUUUUCCGGUUUCUCUAUAUUUUUGAUAGUCUGAUGUCAGAUGUAUGUAAGGGUGUACAUGGCGGGUCGAAUAUUAUCGAAUCGCUGGUUUUUUGUCGGGGAGGUGAAGGGGGUGAGCGCGGCUUUGAUGUCUUCGCCCUGACGCGCCGCGCCUAGUGGGACAGGUGCCGACGUGCCGAAUCGCCCGAUCGCGGAGGGCUUUCUUUGCUUUCGCCCGACUCGGCGACCUCAACGAAUGCGGAAAUAUUAACCCGCCGAGCGAGCUUAUUCAUCCCUUAAUUUCCGUUUCCCUUUUCACGAACAAGGGCGCAAAGGGUCGCGACCUCCGAAGUGGACGUCGACUUCCUCUCUUCAGGGUACUUGUUGGACAUGAAUGCCUUUCCAUCGCACCCUAGCGACAUACAAUCCUAUCUGUCAACAUACUACUGUACCGUACUGUCGACAUACAAUCAAUCUUGUCUGCCUUGUUAUCUCUUGUCUUCUAGUGUGGAGGUGGAGGCGUGAUUUUCGUUUUCCGCUAGAAAUUCGCGAUAUCGAAGGACGUAAGCCAUUUAUGGACGCGCGAGUAUCGGACCAUUUCGUCGGGAGUGAUAAAUUAAUGACAUCCACCGGUGGGGAAAAUAGCAAUAUAUCUCUUAUCUUCUGACGCUUCUUUUCCGGGCGGGGUGGAGAGACCGCUCGCGAGCUGAGCGCAAACGCGUUGUAUAAUUAUUACCUCUCAAUCCGGACACUUUUACGCCGAAGGUAACAUAGAGGGAUGAAAUGAAAAAUCGGAAAAUGGUAAUCGUGAGACGUUCCAAUAUUAUUAUUAGAUUCCGAAGUCUGAGACUCUAUCUGGAAUUUAAUUAGGAAUUUUUUCUCGAACGAUCGGCUCGAUUUCUGGGGUUCGACGAAGGGGAAGA